AACCAUUGUUGCAAUUUGAAGCUAUGACGACGAUGAUCUCUAAUCUUCCAACGGUUUUGAUAGAGGAGAUUUUAAUUAGGGUUCCUUUGAAAUCUUUGAGAGCAGUGAGAUUAACUUGCAAAAUUUGGAACACUCUAUCCAAUAGUAGGAGCUUUCUGAAGUUGUACAUUGGUAAACCAGCAACAGCAACAAGAGAAGAGGAUUCUAUGAUGGUCGCGAUGAUGAAUUUUGAUCUUUAUUCAAUGAGGGUCGUAGUUGACGACGUUGAUCCAUCUAUAGCGUUUAAACGUAAACCUAGUUUCCUUGAAGAACAAGUCAAGGUAUCUCAAGUCUUUCACUGUGAGGGUUUAUUGCUAUGCAUCUUCAAAGACAAUACUAAGGUUGUGGUUUGGAAUCCGUAUUGCGGGGAAACAAGGUGGAUCGAACCAAGAUUUUCUCAUCGUCCAAGGGGGUGGGACAGGUUCAGUUAUGCUCUAGGAUACAAGGAUAAGGAAUCUUGUGAUAGCUUUAAAUUCUUGAGGUUCAUAGAUUAUUUCUGCUUUGCACCCGAAAAUCAAUUUUUUUGGUAUGAAAUCUAUGAUUUUGACUCUGAUUCAUGGACAACUCUUGAUGUCACUCCAAACUGGUGUAUAAUGUUUGCUAACCUUGGUAUUACUCUCAAAGGAAACACUUACUGGUGUGCUGGGGAAAGGAACUCAGAAGAUGAUAUUGCCGAUCACAUAAUCUGUUUUGAUUUUACAAGCGAGAGAUUUGGACCGCUUUUACCUCUGCCGACUAGCGUCAGGGAUCAUGAGUAUGAAUAUGUGACUUUAUCUUGUGUUAGGGAAGAGAAGCUUGCAGCUUUAUUUCAGCACAACGAAUCAAAUCCGUAUGAGCUUGAGAUAUGGAUUACAACUGAGAUUAAUGCCGAAAUGGUGUCGUGGAGCAAGUUCUUGAUGAUGGAUACCGGACCUAGGAUAGAGGUUCCACUUAUAUGGGAAGGUUUCUUCAUUGACGAGGAGAAGAGAAACGCCAUGGGUUUUGACGAAGAGUUCAGUCGUAAAACAUUUAUCAUCAUUGGAGAGGCUGGAUACGUAAGAAAAUUGGAUAUUGGAGUAGACAUAGAUUGUCGACCAAAAGUGUGCUCUUAUGUUCCAAGUUUGGUCCAAAUCAAGAAACCUGCAGGAGGAAAAAGGAAAAGACAAAGCAGCUUAGAAACGGGUCUAUUUGAGCAAAACAUGUUGAGACUUGAAGCAUUUGAAAAGCUAAAAUUAGUCUAGAAACAAUAUGCAGGAGGAGUUAGGAGUGAAAGGGAUCGAUGAUUAGUCUCAAUUUACAAAGUCUAAUUUAUUAUGUUAAACUUCUAUUUAUUUUCUCAUUUACUUUAUUUUUGGCAUGUACGUCAAUGGAUUUGGAACUAGAAUCUGCUAUCAACUCCUUGUGUUGCUUCACAAAUCUUUUCAAUUUCUAGAUUUGCGGAUUGGUUAUCUUGAUUACUGUAAGAAGCCUGGUUUUUGUUUUUUUAGUUUAUUGAACAUAGACUGAGAAAACAAACAAAGAGUAACAAGCUGUUGUAGCUUAACCGAUUUAACCAUAGU